AGGUACAUGCGAGAGCAGGAGGAGAGCGAACGGGAGGCCCUCCUGUCGCGCACAUUCACCACCAACGAGCAGGAGCACUCGGUGAUGAUCGACCCGGCGCUGCAGCACCACUCGCGCCUCAACGACUCGCACCGACAGCUGGACGACCUACUCAGCCACGGCGGCAGCAUCAUCUCGGGCCUACGCGACCAGCGCGUCACGCUGAAGGGCGCCCAGCGGCGCAUCCUGGACAUCGGCAACACGCUGGGGCUGACCAACACGGUUAUGCGGCUCAUAGAAAAACGCACAGGCCAGGACAAGGUCAUCAUGGUGGCGCUCAUGCUGGCCAGCUGUGUGCUCAUGUACUGCGUGUGGCGCUACUUCUCCUGAGCCGCUACUGGCGACGCGACGCGACAAGCGCGCUCUCUCUGGUAAAAGUUAAGAGAACGCGCCCCCCCCCCCCCCACUUGACCCAAUACGCAUUUGCGACCUCAGUGCUUUCUUGUUGUAUCUCCAUUUUUAAUAACUGUGAAAACAAGUUCAUUACUAAGGGUGAGCUUAAGCAGAAGUCACAGUUCACAGCAAAGUGUGAGCUUAAGCAGAAGUCACAGUUCAUAGCAAAGUGUGAGCUUAAGCAGAAGUCACAGUUCAUAGCAAAGUGUGAGCCUAAGCAGAAGUCACAGUUCACAGCAAAGUGUGAGCUUAAGCAGAAGUCACAGUUCAUAGCAAAGUGUGAGCUUAAGCAGAUGCCAUAUUUUCACUGUUUAAAAAAAAAAUGGAGAUACGACAAGAAAGCACUGAGGUCGCGAUAUAUAUAUAUAUAUAUAUAUAUCAAGGGACCACCACAUUCUCCAUACACAACAUUUCGGGUCCCUGUUAUAAAUCCCUCCCUCGUUACUGACCAGAGGUUAAUUUCUCGCGACUCUGAGCACAGAAUGGUUUUUGUUCCAACUAUAGUAAGCUUAGCCUAUUGCGCAGUAGCUUUCUGUGCUUUGGACCAAUACAACUACAGGGGAUUUAUGGGGGCAGGGCAUUCCCUCUGAAAGUAAAACAAAGUCAGGGGGGGGGGGGGGGGG